AAGGUUUACCCUAGUAAAUGUCAUUGCUACAAACAGCGAAGCUAGCAUUCAAUGGGUUGGGAAAAGACUGUUCAGAACUCGAGUUAGUGCACCGCGCUCAAGAACUGCCAGGGUGAAAAAUGCCCUAAAAUAAGUCUUGUUUUCCGAUUUUACUUCAAAAUUACGGAAAACAACUAGGACAGAAGUGGAGCGUGAGCUCCCGGAAUGAUUGACGCAGGACCAAUCAUAUCUGACGAGGAGCCCCAGGUGAGCGGGUCUUUGUGUGGUCGGCGCAGGACCAAUCAUAUCUGACGAGGAGCCCCAGGUGGGCGGGUCUUUGUGUGUUCGGCGCUGUCGACAAUAUGGCGGACGACGGAGACAGGUCGACUGGAGCUGUUGAUACUAGUGGCGGACCGGGGACUUCAGAGGAGUCCGACGGGUUCAGUCUUGGCGGGAUGUUGUUAAAUUUAACUAUUUUAGUUGUAGUGGUUACCAUCUGCUAUGUUAUUUAUCGGCGAUGGGGUAAACGGAUUGGUGCUGACGAGGCCCAGGGAAGCGAGGCCUCGUCUCUGCCGAAGAUGAGAAGACGUGAUUUCACUUUGGAGCAACUUGGGGAAUACGAUGGACUGCAAAACCCCCGGAUCAUGAUGGCAGUCAAUAUGAAAGUGUUCGAUGUUACCACCGGAAAAACGUUUUAUGGCCGAGACGGUCCUUAUGGUAUCUUUGCGGGCCGGGAUGCAUCGAGGGGUCUGGCCACGUUCUGUUUGGAGAAAGAUGCCUUGAGGGAGGACUAUGAUGACCUGUCAGACCUCAACGCUGUUCAGAUGGAGUCAGUCAGAGAGUGGGAGAGGCAGUUCAUGGAAAAAUAUGAUUAUGUUGGUCGACUGUUAAAGCCUGGGGAUGAGCCUUCAGAAUACACAGAUGAAGAGGACAUCAAGGACCACCUGAAACAUGACUGAACUGUUGUUCUGUUCACACCACCAACCAAAGCCCCAAACAGCUGAUAGCACCUGU